UCCAUGACUCCCUCUCUUUCUCUCACACUGUCAGCUGAUUAUAAUGGCUAAAUAGGCUUACAAGCAUUGCUAUGGCAACUGGGCGUCAUAAGAGGCUUCACAAGCCACUUCAUCAAGGUCUGUGAUCCUCCAUUCCCAACUGACACAGUUCUCCCAACCACCAGGAACAAGCAACGACAGGCCAGGCCACCGGGGAGCUGGGGACUGUGUGUGUGUGUUUGUUUUUGUGUGAGAUGGAGUGGUGGUGUUUUCUGUGCACUAUAAGAUAGAGUGAGAGGAGUGUGUGUGUGUGUGUGUGAUCAGACACCAGUCGGAGAAGACAGAGAGCAACACGUCCUGCAACAUCUCUCUCUUGUACUCUCUUGAGUCAAGGACUUACAUUCACUCCAUUGUGAAGUCACUUUCCUGCUACGGGUCUCAAGAUCUAGAUCAGUUCAGCACGCGUUACACAGCGGGAGAGGGUGUCAGCGGCGAUGGCCUCGUGGUUCGGUUGGGGCGGCGAGCCAGAGUACCGGGGUCCCCGGCGGGAUCCGUCUGACGUGGUCACGGACACCUUGAUGCUGGAGCUCAGUUGGCAGCUGAAGGAGGCUGAGAGGAUGCAGCGCGAGAGGGACAACGAGUACCGGCGCCUUCAGACCGGCGUGGACUACAGCUGGCUGGCCAACACGCCACGCAGCACCUACGACCUGGCCGUCGGUGAGAGGAUGGGUCUGGAGGACCUGUGCUCCAAGGUGCAUCCGUCCUACUGUGGAGCCGUCAUACUAAGGUUCCGCCAGGUGGUGACUGAGAACGAGCCGGAGGUGCAGGAGGUGUCGCCCCUCUUCCGCACAGUCAUCCUGGAGGCCCUGGACCGCAUGAAGGAGGAGCAGGAGGCGCAGCGGCUCACGCGCCAGUGGAACAACAAGCGGGCCUUGAGCAUGUCCCUCAUGAACUUCAAGUCGCGCGUCAAGAUCAACCCCUUCGGCAGCACGGCGAGCCUGGCCGCGAGCGGGGGCAGAGGGGAGGGCGCGUGCGAGCUGAAGACCGUGUCGGAGGACGUGGAGAAGGCCCGGGAGGAGAGGGAGGAGAGGGCCCAGAGGGUGUGGAGCAUGCCCGACUUCAGACAUAAAGGGUUGUACACUACCAAGGCAGUCUGAGACGUAGAGAUUCAGCCUUCAGUGACCCCCACCCCCUCACCCCCUCACCAGAACUGUCCUUGGAUGAGAAUGGGGAAAAUAAAGGGACAACCAGCCCAUCCUCUCCUUUGGCAAUCUGGCACUGACCACUACUGAAAUAUUUUGACUUGUAUAUUUUCUAUGUGGGAGUUCUGCCGAGGGUAUUUCAUCACGUCUUGAGAUCUUUCUGACAUUCUUGGCUGUACCUUUAUUGAUGUCUUCAUUCUCUUGUAAUCUGUGUAGAUUCUGAGCCAACUGUGUUGCACUUCCUUUUCCAGUGUCUUUGUUCAUCCUAACAUAUUUGGUAAUGUGUAGUCAAGUAGCCUAAUGAACCCAUGAGACUUACACAAAAAGCAAUUAACAAGUUCUGUUAUUUUCUCAAAUUAUUGUCUUGACACUGUCAAGGAAAGUUCUAAUAAACAUGACUUUUUAAGAGAUACAUUUUUAUAAAUUUAAAAAAAAUCUACAAUAAAUCACUGACUGCUCUGA